GUUGUGGCUCGCACAUCGUGCUGUUAACAGCGAGCAACUCACGGCUGCAAGCAGGGGAAACGCGAACCUCCAGCUUGCACGUGCAGCCUAUCUGCCGGCCGGGCUGCGCGCUGUGCCAAGGACGCCCGCAGUGUCGAGAUGAAACAAGAAGAAGAAUCUGGUAACUCCAAAGGAGGAGAGGAUGGAGUAACGUCUGGUACAGCACUAAACGAAAGUAUAAGUAAAAGCAGUGGAGACCCAAACGAUGCUCCGAAGGUUGUGUCCGGCUCUGCACACCCAAGUGGUGGAGAAGACCAUGCAGCAGAACCAACUGGAAUCGACAGUGCCACAGACAGUACCAGCCCUGAACGGAAUACAGCCGCAAAUACAUCAGGGAGCAGUAUGGGAAGCGUGAGUACGAGCAGUCCUAGUUCUGAAAUGGAGAAGAGAAUUGGGCGGCCAGACUGCGAUAUGGAACGCAGCAGUAGCUCAUGUAAUGACUCUGUAUCGGAAGGUAACCAAAGAGACAGUAGCUCUUGUGAUGCCUCUGUAUCGGAAUGUAACCAAAGCCUCUCGUCCUGCUGCUCAGAAUGUAGCAUUCAUUCUGGAGUUAUUGACAAGUGCGGAAGACACCGUGAGAGCAGUGAUGUGGAUCAUUCCCAUCCUCCACCAGUAGCUGUUCCCACUUUGAAUGGACGUCAGGCAGAAGGUGCAGAUGAAUCAAUGUCGGAAUUUAAUCCAAGGGACAGCGUGUCAUCAACUUCACUAAGUAGCACACCCUCUGGAGUUAUUGACAGGAGUGGAAGAAAAUGCGAGAACAGUGACAUGGAUCACUCCCCACCAGAUCCUCCACCGGGAACUGUAUCCAGUUCGGUUGGACAUCAGGCAGAUGCAGUUGCUGUCGGAUCAGUCACCUGCCAGCCGAUGUCUGAUUCUCUCACUGAGCAAGAUACUGCCAUGUCCAAUGCAGGGUCCACAGGUACGUUCACGAGGAAAAUGACGCUCAGAUCAGGCAGGGUUACCCAAGUUGAGAGUGUUCCUCCGAAGAAACAUCGUGAUGUCAGCGACACGAGAAGACAUAAAUCUGUAGGAAGACCCCCGAAGAGGAGAUUUUCUGUGGAUGAUCAGAGCCAUUCUUCCUCGGAGGAGAAUCCUGAAAAGUUACUUCGCGUAGAGUCGUCCGAUACGAUGACGUGCUUACGCAAGACAGAAGGCAGUACUAGCUUUGAGAAUAACCAGUCCGGAGAUAUUACAAAUGUCUCAUCGGGCCUUCCUAGGGAAACAACUUCAAGCAUUGUUGCGGAGGAUUCAUCAUCAGAAAACGAGCGACUGCUUCUUGCAAACCCUGAUGAUGUCCCUGUUAGCGAAGUUUCGCGUACAACUGCAGAGGAGGAAGCUAUGGUGGGGAAUGAGAAAUCAGUGGAAGAAAAGCUCGAUACUGAUGAAUCAGAGUCACCACCCGAUAACGAACAAAAUCCUGUCGACAAAGAGGUGCUCGAUCAGGCGUCUACAAGUUCGGAAUCAUCAGCCUAUCAGUCAGCUAAGAAUCAUAUGGAAACGGAUCCAUUACCUCCUACACCUAUUGGAGGGGAGUCAGCUAAGAAUCAUAUGGAAACGGAUCCAUUACCUCCUACACCUAUUGGAGGGGAGUCAGCUAAGAAUCAUAUGGAAACGGAUCCAUUACCUCCUACAGCUAUUGGAGGGGACGAACACGUUCAUGCAUGUGCGAAGCCCACAGUUCCAGAGAUUCCAACAUCUCACGUACCAUGUGCUAGUGACUCUGUUGUAAGCAGAGAGAUCAUAAAAGAACUUCAGCCGAGUGGUGCAGAAAGUCGUGCGCCUCAAAGUUCAGCAUUGACUUUGGAGAAGAAUGAAUGUUCUGCCAAUAAUUCCAUUGAAACUACCACAGAUACGUUUGCGCAAGUUACUUGCGAUGCCAAUCAAGAACACGCCGAAGAGAAAGUUAAUAACGCCUCACAAGAGAAUUCUGCGGAAACUCCAGCUGGUGAAACCAGUUACGGGUCGAGGCGGGUUGCACUAGACCUUCAAAACAUUCCUCGCCUGAGAGCAGCGAGAGAUGUUGUUAUUCCAAGCUCAUUUUUCACAUCAGCAGGUAGACGUGACUCAGAAAAAAGUUUUGAGAGAAAUGUAAGAAUGGACGUAGAAAUAGACGUUAAUAAAGACCGUAUGCAAGCAGCACCCGAUAGUUCCACAGAAGGGGCAGUGGGAGGAAUUACUUCUGAAACAGCCACGAAGAUUCAUCAGCAGGUGUCUACCAAUAUUUCUUACUUGCCAGGUACAGACGUUACAAGAGAUGAACCUUUAAGUCGCCCAUCUCGCGAUCACAGUGGUCUGUUAGAGUGCACGAAGAAAAUUAUAAAUGAUAUACCACACGAUAGUAGGAACACAGCUUCUAACAUGAGAGGCAAUGAAGAUAACGCUGCAGGAAAGGUACCUCAAGAAGCAAGACAUCUCGACAGCUCUGAAGAGAGUAAUGCGUCAUCUGUUCUCUCACCUGAGGAGCAGUACGAGCAGGGGAAUCUCCAGAUAUACCGCUAUAUUACAACGAACGGCGGGUCUGAUGUAAGAUACUCGCCAUAUGUCACCCGGCGACGCCCUUUGAGGUCCGGGUACAGCGAUGGAGAUAAUUGCCGCCGAACCAGGAGGCAGCGUCCCGAAGCUCGGCAGGCAGAUAAUGGUAUCCGGACCACCAGAGACGCUUCGGCCUCAUUUGGUGAGGCAUGCAGCAUUUCCUAGUGAGUGGAAGAAGUCACUUGGGAAAGGAUGAAUCUGACAAGCCAGUGUGCUUCAGUGGCGCUUAUUCUGUAACUUCGUUUCAUGGUAGUGUUUUGUGAAAGAUUUAUUGCAUCAGCUGUACGUAUUACAGAAAAUAACAUUUUGUCGUGGGCGAAGGUGUUAACUUCGCAGUUUUACAUUAAUCUGAACAGUCACAGGAAAUAUUUUACGCCGAUAACCGAUGUCGGUUGCCAUUGUUCAUUACCAGAACGAUUAAAAGCAGCAUGAUAUGCGGUGCCAAAAAAUGUUUUUGGCAUGGCGUUAGUGACUAUCUGAUGCUGUUUUCAGUCGUUCUGAAGAUUGCCACUGUGACCAACACCUGUCAACGACAUAAAACAUUUUCUGCGAUCGCAUCAACAAAAUAUUAAGUUUAAAGAUUUUUGAAUGAGGCUACGUAUUCGGUUGAAACAUUUUGGUGGAAUUUUAACGUGUGAUUAUGCAGAAGAGAUUUUUUCCCCCCGUCUCUCUUGAUAUGAGAAGCUCACUCUUUGUAGAACGCUGAUUACAAAGCAGUGUGUCGUUUGCUACGCCAUUCAUCGAGAGGUAAAAAUCAGCCUUUUAAAGUCGUUGUAGUCAUACCUGGCCAAUUAAUUUUCAGUAUGUUUUAACAGACAAAAUUGACGAUAUUACUGGGCCUGAGACGUGUAACAGCGUUAAGAGUCAGACACGGGCCUACACAAAGUUUUAACCUUACAGGAAGUUUCAUCAGACACAGAAAUUACCAAUCUUUCAACUGUACUUUUAAUAUGACUUUGUAAAGCGGAUGGCAUCGGCGUAAGUGUAAUGAAAGCAUCAGCAAGUACGUAAUAUUUGGUUUCCCCUCUAAUGUUGCACAAAGGUUUGUUUUGUGUUUUCCAGUAUUAUGUUUUAAAACUUGCAUGUCUGUGUGGAGAUAGUAAUAUUGGUGUGUACUUCAUAAAACUGAGAUACUGAUUUGUGUAUUUUCGGUAUUAUUGUAUAAAUGGUUUUACUGAUGGGAUGAAAAAAGAACUUAAUCAUAUUGUCAUUUCGUAAAUAACGUAGGAAAGAAAGUGGACAUAUUCAUUGUGCCAGGAACUCAUUUGCUAACAUUCCAUAAACUCCAGUGCAUUUUAUGUUUGUGUUAAGAUUUUAUAAAUUUUUUGUUUUAAUAUGAAUAGUGUGUUUGCUCUUUAGUGCAAUGAAGAAGUGAAUUGUUGUGACUUAAUUUAAUGUUGUCUUUUGGUUUGAAGAUGUAGU